AUGGCCUCCCCACUACCAAAAGCUACCGAAACAAUCCCCUACCUCUACCGCUUCCUCCUCACAAACGUCGAAUCCCUCUUCGCCCUCGGCGGCGUAUUAAUGUGCCUCACAAACCCCGGCUUCUACCUCUCCGGCCUCACGCGGGAAACCAUCACCGCCAUCCAACCCACCACAGACUUCAUCUACACGCAACUCGCCGGCGGCUGGCUCGUCAUCGUCUUCAUAGAAGCCGUCGUCCUACGCUUCGUGGAUGAUGUGAGGGUGUGGAAGUUGUUGUGUGGGGCGGUUUUGCUGAGUGAUGUUUUGUAUACGCAUUCUGUUGCGCAGGCGGUGGGCGGGUGGGGGGAGUGGCUGAAGGUGUGGGAGUGGACGGGGCAGGAUUGGGGGGUUACGGUUACGACUUGGCCGUUUGUGUUGGUGAGGGUGGCGAUUGUGGCGGGGAUUGGGUUGAAGAAGGGUGAGGAUGGGGGGAGGAAGAGGUUGUGA